AUGGACGGAGAUCCAGGCCCGCGAGGGUCGGUCACCAGCCUCUGCUCUGGGGUUGAGCAAAGCCGUCCUGGUGGGGAACCGGAUCAUGUCCACAAGGGGCCGAGGGGCCAGGAGGACGGGCCUGCCAGCUUCCUGGAGGCCCGGGGGAGAUGCCCCCCAGGGGGCCCAGAUCGCACCCGGUUGCGGCGAAAGAAGAAACCAGAAGAGAUGCCCGCGCGCGAGGAGACCGCGGGGGGAGAGAAGACGGAGGAGGGGCCCGACUCACCCCCGGCCCUCGCCGAGAGGAUGCGCCCCCCCCCUCACCCCGUCGGGGCGCUCCCAGGCGCCCCCUCCGCGGGCCUCCCCCCACACUCCACGCGCAGCCCCCCACCCCGGGAGGCCGGCCUCCCGGCUCGUUCCAUCACGCCCCCCACCCGGCGGCAGGUGAGGGGCGGACCCGGUUCCCGCCAAACGCGGCUCCCGAAGCCGGGCUCGCGGAUGCCCCUGGUGCCGGCGUCGGAGACCCUAGGAGACGCGAGAGAAACGGUUCCCACUAGGACCACCGCGACCCCCCAAGCCUGGUCCGUCACCCUUUGCUCAGUCCCGGUCACGCACGAGCUCUCUUUAGCAUCUGCCUCUCUUGACUACAUCCAUCUUGAAAUUCUGGUGGCUUCCAGGAGACUAGAGCAACCUUGA